GGCACUUGGGGGCAAAUCUGAGAACAAAGUUUCCCAGCGGUAUAAAGGUACAUCAGCUGGCGCAUGGGUUUCCCGGGCCAGUCUCAAUAUUCUUUCCCUCUGCGACGUUUUAUUUUGUACACUUCGGUCUAUUUUGCCUCAAACCCCCGCAAAACAAUCUGGCCUACCACGAUGCCGCCCAUCAAGCAUGACACCAGCAGCAGCAGCGAUAGUACAUCCAGGGUGUCUCCAUCCGCUCAUCCCAUCGCGACUGCGCAAGCUUUUCUCUACUAAGACUGCAUCCCCUGCCAACCAUUGUGGUUCAUGGGGGAGCCGGAACCAUCCGCAAAGAGAAGAUGACGCCUUUGGACGAGAAGGUGCUGCGCAAUGGCCUGUACCUAGCAACACAGGCCGGGUAUGCAGGUACUGUACAAGGGCGGCUCAGCCCUCGAUGCAGUCGAGGCAGCAGUGCGGGCGCUGGAGGACAACCCGCUAUUCAAUGCAGGCAAGGGAGCGGUGUUCAACAUCAAGGGGGAGAACCAGCUGGAGGCAUCGAUAAUGGAGGGCCAUACGGGGCGGGCGGGUGCGGCAACACAGCUGACGGUGGUGAAGAAUCCGAUAACACUGGCGAAGCACGUAAUGGACAGCGACUUCCACGUGUUUCUGGCGAGCAAGGGCGCUGAGGACUACGCAUCGCACCAGGGCCUGGAUAUCGUCGACCGGUCGUACUUCUGGACCAAGCAUAGGUGGGAGCAGCAUGAGCGCGGGUUCCUGACCGACGAACUGGACAGCACAGAAUGGGAUGCAAGCACCAUGGCGGAUGAGCCAGCGGACCACUCUUAUCUGCCUCUGGGCACAGUGGGGGCGGUGGCAGUGGAUUGUCUCGGGCAUGUGGCAGCGGCCACAUCUACCGGAGGCAUGACAAACAAGUGGGAUGGCAGAAUCGGCGACACGCCGAUAAUCGGCGCAGGCACAUGGGCAGACACGGAGAUCGCCGUGAGCAGUACGGGGUCGGGCGAGUAUUUCAUCCGGCAGGGGACGGCGCGGUACAUUUCGCUGCGGCACAAGCUGGGCAGGGAGGCGGUUGCCGAGGCGUGUGCCACGGCGAUGCGCGAGAUGAAGCGGUCGGGCGGCGACGGUGGCGUGAUUGCCAUUGACAGGCAUGGGAGGUUUUCUAUGACGUUCUGCUCGGAUGGCAUGUACCGGGCGUACUGCUCAGGGGCGACCAGCCAUGAGCCGGUGGUGGGGAUUUUUGGACAGCGAGGUGAUUGGCCAGCGAGGACCAUCACCUGGAUGUAUGAAAUGCUGAGAUAUUUACUAGUAUGCGGUGGGUAUGUACAUGGGUUGUGGGCGUUAGCAAUAGACGGCGUGGUCGGUGUGCUCACAGUGCAAGAUCAUCUCGUCCUCCCGGCAGCUGGCAUAGUUGCAUAGCAGGCACAUCCAGACGGUGCGAGCACACUAGGCGGGGACGCUCAGUGCGGUGCAUUUUUGUUGGUAAAUGAAAUAAAUGAAAGUUGAGGGAAAGAAGAAAAAACAGGAAGCGGGAUGUGCAAAAGGUUUGCGUGUCAAGGGAGGGAGAGAUGUGCACAUGCAUGGGGCUUUAUACUCGUGGUGGGAAGGGGGUCGGAUGCAGCGGACUGUUUACUUUAUUUGAGCAGAGCGCGUGUAUUUCAACGUAAAGAGCAAGCUGCCUUUUUAAUAAGGCUGCCGAUCGAUUCUAUUCUAGGACAUAGAAAGCGUGCACAGUGUUCGCAUGUAGGUUUUCAUUUUG